UUACAUGUAUAUAUAAAUCAGCCAAGUUAAUCUGUAGCAACAACAAUUUCACUCCAUUUUCUCUCAACAUAUCAAUCCAUGGCGGGAUCAACAAAGAGGUACGCUGUUGUGACAGGGGCAAACAGAGGGAUUGGACUUGGAGUAGUUAAGCGAUUGGCUUCCGAGGGCAUCAUUGUGGUGUUAACAGCCAGAGACGAGAAGAAGGGACUUGAAGCUGUGGAGAAACUUAAGGAGUUUGGUCACAUUGUUUUUCAUCAACUUGAUGUCACAGACCCUGCUAGUGUUUCUUCUCUAACUGAUUUUAUCAAAUCCCAAUUCGGAAAGCUUGAUAUCUUGGUGAACAAUGCAGCAAGUGGUGGAAUUAAGCUCCUCGGUGAUCCUCCAAAGUCUCGGGUUCCUGAUGAGGUUGAGGUAAACAAUGCAGCAACCUCUGGAGAUGCGCUCCCGAGUGAUGUUCCAAAAAAUGCAAUUUCUGAGGAUAUACCGGAGAUUUCACAAAUUGAUUGGACUCAAAUUCUUGAAACUUAUGAUUUAGCUGGAGACUGCAUCGAAACCAACUACUAUGGUCCCAAAAGAAUGAUUGAGGCACUUAUUCCCCUUCUCUUGUUAUCCGAUUUACCAAGGAUUGUUAAUGUUUCCUCCAUUGGAGGCAAACUAGGGUAUAUAACAAACAAGCGAGCUCUAGAAUUGCUGAGUGAUGUUGAAACCCUUACAGAAGAUAGAGUGGAAGACGUAUUGAGGGAGUUCCGAAAGGAUUUUAAAGAUGGUUUACUCGAAAUCAAUUGUUGGCCUUGUAAACCAUCUUCAUAUAAAAUUUCAAAAGCAGCUCUAAAUGCAUACACAAGAAUUAUGGCCAAGAAGUACCCAACUUUCUGUGUCAACUGUGUUUGUCCUGGACCUGUGAAAACUGAGACGUCCUUCCAUUCAGGCACACGAACUCCUGAAGAAGGUGCUGAAGGUCUAGUGAAAUUGGCAUUGCUGCCUAAGGGUGGCCCUUCUGGUCUCUUCUUUACAGAGAAAGGAGUGUCAACCUUUUAAUUAGUGAAAAGUUUAUGAGAUGAAGGUUCAAUCUUAAUAUGCUUUUCACUUUUCUAAACGUGAAUAAGGUCUAGGACCAUGUAAUAGGCUACUUAAGCAGUCAUUGGCUUUAAUUAUGUUGUGAUAUCUUGCUGUGUUUUGCAUUCCAAUUUCCAAUCAAACUAUAUUGAAAGUAUGCCAAAGCAUUAUAUGUAGCGGCCUGAAUAAUAUUUAGAAGAUUUCUUGACUUGGUCUUA